AUGAAGGUAUCACCACUGUUGCCACAGACGUCGGCAAAAAAACAAGAAGAAGUUCCUCUUCACGACAACUCGGAAGCCACCACUAACUGUUUGAAACGCCGUCGGCUUCAUUCGCAGACGAAUAUUAUAAUCAAUGGUCACUAUCGACAUAGUAAACACCAUUACCCACGGCACGACGACAAAUCGUCAUCAAUGGAUUGUUUCGACACCAUUAGCAACAGCGUUAACGGAAACAGCAACAGCAGUUGUAACAGCAGCAAUAGUGGCGAAGACGCGAGCGAUUGUGACGAUUCACCGAUGAGACCUAACAGUCACCCAAGCCAACAAUACCCAGAAGGGGGGACGUCAACGCCGUCGCCUGCACAUCACAAUAAGAAGGAUGGCUAUCAACAGACUACUACAGUCGCCAAUAAUAACAAUUUUAGUAAUGGAGGAGAUUGUAUGACACCGGCAAUAAGACAUACUGUACAACAGCAAGCAACCAAUAGUGAUGAUAAAAUCACAUUAUCGUUGUCAACACACUCUGAAAAAAAUAAUGACAGUGAAACCUACAACAUUACAAAUGAACCGAUAUUGUCGUCAAGUUCAGUUAAAAACCUAAAUAAAAAUACAACGAUUAAUGAGAAAACUCCGUCUAUGGUAAACACUGAUUUUGAUGAACCUAUAGUAACAGCCAAUGAUAUUAACAGUGACACUAGUAAUGAUGAUUGUUUGUCUCAAUCGCCUUUGAACUUAACCCGUUCCCAAGGGUCAUCAGAAGAAGGUGGCAACAAGAGUGAAGACGACGAAGGCGAAUAUGAUGACGAUAGCGAAGAAAAAAACGGUAUUGGUAAUUCCAUUAAUGAGGAUGAAAAUAUGGUCAAUGGUCAUAACAUACCAACAACAGAAAUUCCAUUUCCUUGGAAUAUUACCUCGGCUAAUAAUAAACAAAAACAGCAACAUCAGGAUGAUAAAAUCACAGCACCACCACCUCAACUUUUGUUAACAUCUGGUCAACUUACUACGGGAUGCUUACAAGCAGCUCAAUUGCUAAUACCAACAGCUCGAGGUAUUAUGACACAAACAAUUUUGGCCAUUCCCAUUAAUGAUAUGGUAUCUUCUGCAAUCACAACUCCUACUUCAAAUCAGCAACAACUACAGCAACAGUUAUUAUAUCACUCAACAAAUAGUGUUCGACAAAAAAAUAUUAACCGACAACAGCUCAAUCAAACUUGUCAACCGUCAUUAUCCUUACCACUCAAUCGUUAUUUUCAACAACACCAAACUACAGCUGAUGAUACGACUACUGCCAGUGGUGACCCCGACAAUGUUAAUAAUGAUAAUAAUAAUUACGAUGGUAGUAUGAUUAAUAAUGACACAGUUACAGCAGAUCACUAUAAUAAUAUUCAACGACGAAAAUGGCAAUCUCCUGACCUUAAUAGCAAAAAACACAACUUUUUAACACCUCAACAAAAGCUAUUACCUCGCACCAAGAAUGAGGAAAGCAGUGAUUCGAUGAAUGUACAACGUUCAAAAGAAUCGUCUAUGGUUCAAAUACCAACGGGCACAAAUGGAGAUUGUCGCAUUUAUUCAACCAAUAAUGCUGCUUCAAUUGUUACUGCUGUGACACCAAUGUCACCUCCUACACUCAGGCGUAAUGACGGUAGUAAUGGAGGAGGUGUAGAAGUAAUUCAACGUCAAACUGUAUGGCCAACAGCAAUUACAACAACCGAUCAACAUAAUGGUGGCGAUGAAACGGAAAAUGAAGAAGAUAAACAACAGCCACAUCAGCCUUCCCAUGUUAUAUCUCCUGCGCCUCCAACGUCUUCCGCCAACAUAAAUUCUUUAAAGUCAUUAGCACCGCCAUCUUCACAACUCAACUGCCACAUAAAACAAUCCAAGGAUGAGGACUCGAACUCUGCAGCUGCUGCAGCAGCGGCUGCAUAUAAUCAGCAAAAUGCUAUUUGCACAGCACUCGCCACACACAUGCUAUGUGCUUCACAACUCGCCGCUGCACAACAACCAAUAUUUGAGAAUCUGGAAAGUGGCAACCCCGCUAAAAAACCAAAUAAUGUAUACAAUAACAAUAAUAAUAACAUCAAAACAAAUAAUAUGAUGGGCGUAGUGAACCCAGCCGUUUUGGAGAAAUGGAUGAUGGAGGAGAGGUAUUAUUACAAUAAUAACAAUAACAACAACAAAAACAUUACUGGUGGUCACUCACAUCACCAGAGGUAUAACGCAGCCGCCGCAGCGGCUGCUGCAGCAGCAGCUGUCGAAUUGUUGAGUGGUGGAGUCUCUGCAUCGUCAAGUGGUGGCGGUGGUGACAGCUUAGCGUCGUGCAAAAAACGAAAAAGACGCACUUCAUUUACACCACACGCCCUAGAAUUGUUAAACGGUCAUUUUGAACGCAACACACACCCAUCAGGAUCUGAAAUCACUGGACUGGCACACAGAUUGGGCUACGAACGUGAAGUGAUACGCAUUUGGUUUUGCAAUAAACGUCAGGCGUUGAAGAACACUGUUCGCACUAUAAAUGGCAGCGGUCCGGCCCAUAUGACUGGCACAAAAUCUCAUAACAAUACAAGUGGUUACUAA